UAACGAGUAAAACGAUCCCAUCCCUUUCUCCAUUUAUAUAUAUUCCAUCUACAUCCUCUUCAUAAUCUCCAUAACCAACCCGCUCUCUCUCAAAACUAACAUCAUGCAUCAAGCAAUUCCUUACAUGUCAUCACACAACAACAAUUUUGGUAACAUCAAUGAAAAUUAUUAUUCUAACAAGAAGAAGGAGAAUCAUGCUUCAUCCAAAGGAGAAGAAAAGAUGAUUUUGAACAUGGUUUCAGAGAACGCUGUGAUAGUUAUUGGGAAACGAGGUUGCUGCAUGAGUCAUGUAGUGAAAAGGCUUCUACAAAGUCUAGGUGUUAACCCUGCAAUUCAUGAGGUGGAAGAAGAGAAAGAUGAAGUGAUUGUUGCAAGAGAAUUGGAAUCAAUAAUUGAAGGAAAUGUGCAGUUUCCAAUGGUGUUUAUAGGUGGUAAGUUGUUUGGUGGAUUGGAUCGUCUCAUGGCUACUCAUAUUUCUGGUGAAUUGGUUCCAUUGCUUAAACAAGCUGGAGCUUUAUGGCUAUGAUUUCGUUGUUUCUUGUCAUUAAUUAAUCCAUUUAGUUUAAGGAACUAAUGUUUGAUUUUAAAAAAAUUACUGAUUUACAGUGUUUCUUAGCCUUCAAUUUGGCUGGUUAUUUUCUUGACAUAAAUUACGAUGUAAUCUUAUUCAAGUUAAUCAAAUUCAAAACACAUCAAUUCAAAA